CUUUUUUUAGCUUUAACUGUUCUUUCGUUAACACUGGCAGAUGAAUCUCUAGAUACACGAGAAAAUACAGAUCUCACAUUAAAAUGUCGUUUCACAGAGCAAUACGAUGCUGAGGAUUUCUCAUUUUACUGGGCAAGAUGGACGGCGAAUCCGGUACAAUUUGAAAAUGUUGCCAUCGGUGAUGUGCAAUUAAAUUCAGGUUAUCGGCUUGAUUUUCGUCCUAAGAGUGGCAUUUACGAUUUGCAAAUUAAAAAUGCUUCAUACAAUCGUGACAAUGGUCGCUUUGAGUGCCGUGUUAAGGCCAAAGGCACUGGAGCCGAUGUGCAUCAGGAAUUUUAUAAUUUAACUGUACUUACACCACCACAUCCGCCCGUCAUAUCACCUGGCAAUAUUGCCAUUGCUACCGAGGAUAAAGCUAUGGAAUUGACUUGCAGUAGUAUUGGUGGCUCACCCGAUCCCAUGAUAAGCUGGUAUCGCGAGGGCAACAAUGCUUUACUGCAAGCUGUUGUACUUAAAGGAGGCUCAAAGGAUCAACCCACCAAUGCAACACUAUCCAUUGUACCUCGUCGCGAGGAUGAUGGUGCCAAAUAUAAAUGUGUUGUUUGGAAUCGUGCCAUGAAUGAGGGACAGCGCUUGGAAACCACAGCCACGUUAAAUGUUAAUUAUUAUCCACGCGUUGAAGUUGGUCCAGAGAAUCCACUGCGUGUGGAACGUGAUCGUACUGCCAAAUUGGAGUGUAAUGUUGAUGCUAAACCUAAAGUACCUAAUGUGCGUUGGACACGCAAUGGUCGGUUCAUUAGCUCCAGUCUUACUCACACAAUACAUCGUGUAAGCAUACAAGAUGCUGGCAAAUAUACAUGCUCGGCCGACAACAAUUUGGGUAAAACGGGAGAGCAGGAACUGAUAUUGGACAUACUGUAUCCACCCACUGUGGUCAUUGAGUCGAAAACACGUGAAGCGGAAGAAGGCGAUACAGUUAAUAUACGUUGCAAUGUCACCUCUAAUCCAGCACCCAUAACAGUGGAAUGGCUUAAGGAAGGUUCUCCUGAAUUCCGUUAUUCCGGCGAUGUUUUAACGUUAUCUUCGGUGAGAGCUGAAAACGCUGGAAAUUACAUUUGCAGAGCCGUAAAUAUUAUACAUUCACAUGGUCAAGAGAGAAGUGAACGCAUUGGAAAUUCUACUGUAGCCUUGUUGGUACGCCAUCGUCCCGGUCAAGCUUAUAUUACACCCAAUAAGCCGAUUGUGCAUGUUGGAAAUGGUGUCACCUUGACAUGUUCGGCAAAUCCUCCCGGCUGGCCCGUUCCCCAAUAUCGUUGGUUCCGUGAUAUGGAAGGUGAAUUUUCGGCCACACAGAAAAUCUUGGCUCAAGGUCCCCAGUAUUCCAUACCCAAGGCACAUUUGGGCAACGAGGGCAAAUAUCAUUGCCAUGCUGUUAACGAAUUGGGUAUUGGUAAAAUGGCCACCAUAGUCUUGGAAAUUCAUCAACCUCCUCAGUUUUUAGCCAAACUGCAACAACAUAUGACCCGUCGUGUUGCUGAUACCGAUUAUGCAGUAACAUGUAGUGCUAAAGGUAAGCCAGCACCCACCGUGAGAUGGUUAAAAGAUGGCGUGGAGAUUCUACCCGAAUUAAAUUUGUAUGAAGUGGUAACAAAUCCCGAUCAAGGUCCCAACGGCAUGGUAACUGUUCAGAGCAUGUUGAAAUUCCGCGGUAAAGCCAGACCCAACAGCAAUCAAUUGGUGCCCAGCGACAGAGGUCUUUACACUUGUUUAUAUGAGAACGAAGUAAACUCAGCCAACUCGAGCAUGCAAUUGCGCAUUGAACAUGAACCAAUUGUUUUGCAUCAAUACAACAAAGUGGCUUUCGAUAUACGCGAAACCGCUGAAGUGGUUUGUAAAGUACAGGCCUAUCCCAAACCAGAGUUCCAAUGGCAGUUUGGUAAUAACCCUUCACCUUUAACCAUGUCUUCGGAUGGUCACUAUGAAAUCAGUACCACUACCGAUAACAAUGAUAUAUAUACCUCCGUUUUACGCAUUAAUUCAUUGACUCACGCUGAUUAUGGUGAAUAUACUUGUCGUGUUGUCAACUCAUUGAAUACUAUCAGAGCACCCAUACGUCUGCAGCAGAAGGGUGCGCCAGAAAAGCCCACCAAUACACGUGCCACAGAUGUAGGAUCAAAUUAUGUUACUCUAGCUUGGGAUCCAGGUUUCGAUGGUGGCAUUAGCAACACUAAAUUCUUUGUCAGCUAUAGAAGAGUUCCCAUGCCCAGAGAGGAACAGCUAAUACCGGAUUGUGCUACUCUAGCUACCAGUAAUACAGAAUGGAUGGAAUUCGAUUGCCACCGUGAUAAUCCUUGCAAAGUGACGCCUUUAGAUCAACAUCAAAGUUAUGCCUUUAAAGUGAAUGCUUUGAACACCAAGGGCAACUCACCUUACUCUAAUGAUAUUUCGACCACCACAAAAGUAAGCAAAAUACCACCUCCUCUACAUGUGACAUAUGAUCCCAAUUCCCGUACCUUGGGCAUAAAUGUUGGUGCCACCUGUUUAUCAUUAAUUGCUGUGGUGGAGUCAAUGGUAAAUAGUGAUACACCCAUGGCGGCUUGGGAAGUUAUAGAUCAAGUAAAUUUGCAAUUGUCCGGUAAUGGUCCCACCUUUAAAGAAACCGUACUGGAUCGUUUGAUUGCUCCUCGUCGCAGCACAGCUGGCAGAGCUUUGGGACAUUCCGUUAACGACGAUGAUGAUGAUGGCAUGAAUUCUUUGGCUUUGGAAGAUGAGAACAGUCCUACCGUACGCGUCAAAUUAUGUCUGCGUUCCAAUCAUGAACACUGUGGUGAUUACACCGAUGCUGAAAUUGGUCGCUCUUAUAUUGCCGAAGCAUCCGCCUUGGCCACCCCCACCUUAAUCGCCAUCAUUGUUUCAUGCAUAGUUUUUGCCUUAUUUGUUGGCUUACUGUUGAUGUUCUGUCGUUGCAAACGCAAUCAAUCGAAAAAGAGUGCUGCUGCCAAGGAUUACGAAAUGGAUUCUGUCCGGCCGUCCAUUGUUGCUGCUCAACAGAGUCAAGCGCCACCACCUUACUACCCAGCAAGUGGUUUGGACAACAAGGCUCUUGAACACUCUAUGGAUUUGGCAUUGAGUAUGGAGGAGCAAAAGAGUGCCUUGUAUGCCACACAAAAUGGUUACAGUUAUCAUCCCAGCACAGGUGUGGUUGGUGGUGGUAUCGGUAUACCCGGACAUACGAUACCUGGCAAUGAAUGGGUAAAUAUGGGUUAUAUCGAAAACAACUAUUCGAACUCGAACAAUGGUGGCAGUGUCAAUUCACAGGACUCUUUGUGGCAGGUGAAAAUGUCAGGCGCCGCAGGUAAUCAACAGAAUAUGAUGCCAGUAUCGCACAACAAUUAUGUUGAACAACAGCCCACCUAUGGCUAUGAUCCAUUGACACAUGGUGGUUAUGGUGGCGUCGACGAUUAUGCACCCUAUCCACAGCUGACAGCAACACCCAGCCAACACGGUGAUGAAUAUCAUAAUUUACGCAAUAGCCAAAAUCCAUCUAGACAAGAUUACUGCAGUGAUCCCUAUGCAUCAGUGCAAAAGCCCAAAAAACGUGUUGACCAACAUUUAGAUUCACCAUAUCAUGACGUAAGUGGCCUGCCAAAUCCAUACAAUAUGGAACAUAUGGAUCAAGAUGAAGUUAUAUCACCACAACAGCACAUGUCUCUUAGUUACGAUGAUAGUUUCGAGGGUGAAUACUCAUCAACACCAAAUUCACGGAAUCGUCGUGUUAUACGUGAAAUUAUUGUAUAAAUUCAUACAAACAUCACUCAUUUUAUAAUACACUUAUCACCCCAUACACCCAACAAACAUUUAUAAAACAAUUAAACAUUAAAUCAUUCGUUCAUUCAUUAAUUCAUACCAUACAUACAUUCACUUACUAUUAAGUUUUGAUAUAAUUUUUUUCAAAAAUGAAAAAUAUUGUAAAUGUUUUUUUUUUGUUUUGUUUUACAAAAAAUGAAAACCCAACUACUUAAAGGCACUUUGAUGAUAAUUGAAAAUAGUUUUAAAUGAAAUCAUCAUUGUUUUUUUUAAUUUUUUUAUAUAAAUAUUUAAAAAAAGGAUGAAAAAAAAAACAUUGUGCACUUAAUUGUUAUGAAUUUAGCUAAAGUGAAUUGUAAGUGAAAAAAAAAAUUAUCAAAUUUAAAUGUCCUUACUUAAAUCCUACCACUUCCCCUAUUCCCUCUCAAAAAUUAAAAAAAAAGAACAUGUUUAAAUUAUAUUUUAAAAGAAAUUUGUUAAUAAAACAAAUUUUAAAUUAAUAAUAUACUUAAAACUAAAAUUACCCACAGAAUAAUGCAUUUGUGCAUUUGUAAUAGAUAACUCUCAUUCAUGCAACUUCAUGUUAAAAAUUUCUCUGCAUUUUUUUUUUUUCGUUAUAAGUCUGUCCAUUUCUUUAUACAUUGUCUUUAUAUUUUACAUAAAAUUAUUGUAUAAGUUCGUAACGAAAAAUUAUCAACGAAUUAUGAAAAAAUUUUAUUUUUGUAAUAAAUUUACUUUUUUUUAAUUUUUUGAAAGUUGCCAUUUUUUUAUAAAUAUACAUACAUUUACUUAAUAUUUUUUUUAUUA